CUGAACUGAGAGAGUCUGAGCUCGAGAAGCGUCUGAUUUAAUGACAGAGCGCGCGCGGAUGCACCUGCACUUACCGAACAUGGCACAUCUGGCGUCGUCCAGCGCUGACAUGCUUUCGUCCAGCACCGGUGGUAUCUGUUGUCGACUCGUGCGUGCUCUCCACCACUGAACAUCAUGCUGUCCGGCAGCUGGCGUCGGGGGACCAUCAGCCCGACGGGGGGUAAAAGUGGGUCAGGAUCCAGACUGGGGAGUACCGUGAUUCUUGAAGCGCAGUAUGACUACUCGUAUCGCGGGACGGAUGGGCGUUUGGUCUCCAUACAUGAGGGCGAGCGCUUUGUGCUGCUGAAGAAGACCAACGCUGACUGGUGGCAGGCUCGGAAGAUCGGGGUGGGCGUGAAGGUGAAGCCCAUAUACGUGCCGGCCACGUACGUCAUAGAGUUGCCCGUCAGCUCGUUCCGCGCCUCGCUGCCCUGCAGCCAAUCAGAAUGUGGCAGUUUCAAGAUGAUCCCGCGGGGGUCCUUGAUACCUUGCAUGCAACCACACGGUACAGUGCCUAACAAACACUUCUGUCGCUCUAUGGAGAAUCUGAGCAACGGAGCUUUGAGGGACAAACACGCCGGUGGAGUUUUACAUCGAGUACACUUCCCAACGGGUCACCUCACGGUUCCGGGUGGGUUGUUGAGUCCCGGCGGCCCGAUCGCUCGCAGUCAGAGCUCCAGUAACCUCCCUCAGAACCCGUAUCAGGACACAAACCGCCUCAGGCCCGGCACGACCGGCCCUACUAAAUCAUACAGCGAGUGGGACGUGACCAGCGGCACACGCAGACACACCGAGGGAAAUAUACAGCUCUCAUCAUCAUCUUAUGCUUCUCAGUCGGAUCAGGGCAGGAGGCAGUGGACGGAGCCUCCUACACCGCUGCCGGGUCAAUGCCCCCUGCAGACGGUGCAGCUGUGGGAUCAGCACCGUGACCCGAGCACGGGGCGCUUUUAUUACGUUAGCAGCGUGACUAAAGAGCGUUCCUGGAAACCUCCACGCAGAGCCCGUGAUAGCCAUAACACAUCUGCUGCAAUGCAUUCUGGGGCGGUUCAGCGUGAUACCAGACACCUGUCACUUCCCUUACAGACUUCAGGAAGCAGCGCUAUACAAAGGCUGUCACCCAACUUCACCUACAUUACCCAUAAUGCAAAUGGUUGGCAGCUGAAUCAGAGCAUGCAGCUCGCGUCGUCGUCCGACGCUCUCAACUCCUCCUCUGCCACCUGUGACGACGCCCACCGCAGGAACUUUGAAUCAGUUGGGGGCGUGGCUCACAUGAACCACUCCUACUCCAUGUUCCUGCCGUCACAAACGCAGAGAGCAGCUUCAAACGGCAAGUGGUACUACAGGCUGGAGGUGGAAGCUCCCUCAUCAGACAGCUCACCGGACAACGAGGGCGUAACUCCGGAACUAGAAAAGGCCGGCCUGCUCAACAAAACCAAGAUCGCAGAAGGAGGCAGGAAACUGCGGAAAAACUGGAACCCGUCGUGGGUGGUUUUGGUGGGAAACAGUCUUGUGUUCUUCAAAGACCCCAAAAGCCAGAAUCCUGAAAGCUGGAAACCAGGUAACAGUCGUCCUGAGAGCAGCGUGGAUCUCAGAGGGGCUCAACUGCAGUGGGCCAAUGACCUGUCCAGCAAAAAAAAUGUCUUUAAGCUGAGGACAGUCACAGGAAAUGAAUAUCUGCUGCAGUCUGAGACGGACUCUCUCAUCAGAGAGUGGUACAUGACCAUCCAGAGAGUCAUUGACAGACUGGAUGCGGAGAACCCUCUGGAUAAUGUGUUGCUGUAUUCGCUGAGGAGAGCCGGUUCAGUGGAGAUGUUGGACCACAGCGGAGACGAGGAUGAGAAUCGUCUAGGAUACAAAGCAUCACUUCCACGCUCCGCAUCUAACUUAGAGAACUCUGAACGCAAGCGCGUGAAGAGCCGAUUGAAGAAGCUGAUUCUCAGAAGACCACCGCUGCAGACCCUUCAGGAGAAAGGACUUAUUAAAGAUCAGGUGUUCGGCUGCCGGUUGGAGCUGUUGUGUGACCGAGAGAAAUGCACCGUACCGCAGUUUGUCAGAAAGUGCACGGAGGCCGUGGAGAGGAGAGGCCUGCAGACGGACGGGAUUUACAGAGUUAGUGGGAAUCUAGCGACCAUUCAGAAACUUCGCUUUGCUGUCGACCACGAGCGUGCGGUGACCACAGACGGCCGAUAUCUCUUCCCUGAGGAUUUAGUGCAAGAGCGUUUGGAUCUGGAUGAUCCACAGUGGGAAGAUGUUCAUGUCAUCACCGGUGCUCUCAAACUCUUCUUCAGAGAACUUCCCGAACCGCUGGUGCCGUACGAGUUCUUUCAAGACAUGGUCGAGACUGUCAAAAUAUCUGAUUACCUGGAGAAGGUGGAGAGACUUAAACUUCUGGUCAUCAACAUGUCUUCACCGAACCACGACACCUUGAGACACAUGAUACGCCAUCUGACACGGGUCAUGGAAUGCUCCGACAGUAAUCGCAUGACGACUCAGAACAUUGGGAUCGUGUUUGGACCGACCCUGAUGCGUCCGGAGAACGAAGGAGGAAACAUGGCCAUUAACAUGGUGUAUCAGAACCAGGCCAUAGAGCUCCUGUUGAGCAAAUCCAAGCAGAUCUUUGCACCCGAACCUUGAACUUCAGUACAAUGGACAACAGAGCCUGACCUCACAGAACCUGGACACACACACACACACACACACACACACACACACACACACACACGUGCAGUUCAGUGUACUGAUACACAACAAGGAUGAACCCAUGAAUGUCAUCAUUCAACAGAAACCUGUACAUGAAAAGAUCCCCACAUGAAAAAAAUACUGUAGUACUUACUAUAGUAAACCAUAGGAAAUUGUGGUUUUCUAGAGUAUAUCAUAGUAUUUACCGUACUCUGUUAUUGUACACUUCAGCAUUCUGUGUUUACUAUAGUAAAUUGAUAAGCUGUAGUAAAUACUGUAGUAUCACUUUAGUAAUUAGGAGUUUUACUACAGUAAAUACUUAAGUAUACUACAGUAUUUUUCGUGUGGGUCUCAUGACAACAUUUCACCCCCAACUCAAGAGAAAAUGUGAUAUAUUUUGCAUUAUAUAAACGAUUUCAGACUUUUUGAGAAUUUAUUUUCAUGACAAUGAAGCACCUUUUGUCCUCAUUAGAUUCAAUAAUUGUAUAAUAAUAAUUGUUCAUUAAAAUGAAUGAAUGAAUCUUUUAUAACAAAUGCUAAGAAUUGUUUUGACUGCCCUUUUUCAGUUUGGGGUGAAAUGUGAUUGGACAUGUCCUUGACAGGUUUUGUGUGUGUGUGGUCUGUCCUUCUGAGUGCCUUUGAGUGUUUCAGUCUCAAAGCAUGUUUGAAUUUAAUGCACAAUACAGCAGAUGAGAGCCGUACGUGUCGCUCAUAAAGAUCAGCUCAGGUCGAAAGUUGAACUGAGUUUCGCUGCGCUCGAGUCAUUUGGUCGCCUUUUAAUGAAGAAAUAAAACCGGUUGCGUUUCGCUCCAAAAUGCGACGUCAUCCCGGUUGCUUUGUUCCAGUGCGGUUGUCAAGUGUGUGUGUGAUUCGUAG